AUGGCCAACGUCCACCGCAGUCCAAGCGACAGUAGCAACCACAACCUCCACCUUAAGACCAGCUACACCAGCAUGCACAACCACUACAACCCCUACAACCCAACGACUGCAACUACUGCUUCAACUAAUCACAUGAUGGGCAGCGCACACGACAACAACGGCAACAACAACUACAAGGUGCCUCUCGAAGCUAACGACGCCAACAUCAAGGUUCCCGUGUCGGACUCUGCUACCACCACCACUCCUCGACCCGCUAGUUCACAGACUUACAGCAAUAACAGCAACGCCAGCAACUAUACCACUACCAGUAAUGGCAGCAACGGCCUCAAUAGGAAUAUCUCGGCAGACCGAGACUCUUUGGACUGGAGAACUAACAACAAUCAUACCCAGCACACCCAAGCUCCAAGGACCAUUGCUGCAACAAAGCCCACCCUUGGUGCCUUUGCUGCCGCUACUGUCAACUCAACAGGUGAUUAUCCCGCCACCAACAACAAUUAUGCCCACUACAGCGACAGCAACAACAAUGUCAAUAAUGGUCAUGGCGACGUUGCACCUGUCUCAGCCACGUCGUCGGCAAGCCCUUCGCGUAGCUCCAGCACUUCCAAUCGAAGGGGUGCUGGAAUGUCGACGGGAAGCUCCUUCACACCUCAAUCUGCCACACCGCCUAUUACCCCUCGCAUGGCGCCCGGUGUGGCUGACGCCGCCUUUAGUCCAGGACACGCACCAGUUCACCCCACCAGCAAUGAUGAUUCUGCACGCGAUCGAUACUCUCACCCCUCAGGACCCCACCACGGACAUUUCUCAACCCCCGCCCUUCACGUGCAGCCACUAUCGUCGUCCUCAUCGUAUUCGGCUUUUGCGAACAACAACAAUAACACCUCUCCUCCACCCUUCGGCAUAGGCGAGUCUGCGGCGUCGGCAUUUGUCAGCUCCCCAAUUUCUUAUCAGACCCCAGCAUUCCAGAGCUUUUACACUCAGGACGAUGCUCAGCUGCCAGUAACCGCAGGAGCAGGAGUAGCUGACAACACCCAUCACAGUUCAGCCGACAGUCUCCACAGGGCCAAGACCAUUGUCAAUGCAGGAAGAGAAACAUUGAUGCAGCAACAGGAGUAUCAAAACAGGCAGAUGGAGCAGUUCCGAGAGAACUUAGAUAGCAUUUGCCUCCAGUCGAAUGACUCCCAGCAAAGCGUCCCUCACCCCGCCAACGAUUCUGGUCCAUCCGUUUCCCACGGGAGUGGCAGCCAAGCGUCCCUCAAUACCAACCACUCACCUUUGGCUUCGGUAGUGGCGAUAGCUGCUUCAUUAUCGGGGACGAAUGGCUCAACAGACGGACCGCGUCUUCACGAUGACAUCCAGACCAUGGACCACCAAGUACCACGCCCACGCGACCGGACCAUCUCCGAAGGCGAAUUGGACCAUGGAUCGCGCGUGGACAUUGCAAACAAUGUUGGACUCAGCAACGCGAGCUUGGGAGGAUCGAACUUGUUCUCGCCUCCUCCCCGUACCAAUACAAACCUUGUAGCUUCCAAUCUUGUGACGCAUGAUAUCCGACAGACAUCGCAACGGUCUCACAUCGAAGACGGUCCAGGACCUGUUGUUCUUAUCGCCAUUGGCAAAACGGGACAAGGCAAGUCGUCGCUGCUGAACAAGAUCAUGGGCACAAACGAGCUCAAAGCCAGUGCCUCUGUGAGAGCUGUCACCAAAGGCAUUGCUGAGCGCUCAGGAUGGGGUCGAUUCGAAGACAGCAGACGUGUACUUGUCACGGUUGCCGAUACCCCAGGUCUGGCUGAUACUGAAGGAGACGAUGAGAAAAAUAUACCCAUCCUGAAGGAGUAUAUCAGGUCUGUUGGCACCCGACUGGGCAUCAAUGCCUUCCUUUUGGUCUUCAAGAUCGACUCCGGAGUGGAUAUGAUCAUUACGAUCUUGACGGCUUUCAACGAUAUUAUGAAGGAGUUCCCCAACUUCUGGGACAAUGUUGUGUUGGUGUUUACGGGAUGCGACUACCGCAGGAACGUGAUGAACACGAAACAACUGUACCACGAAGAGAUCCAGUUACAACUGGAGCAGUACUUCUUGGAGGAUCUUCAGCGACCUGGGCCCGGCAGUAAUCGCGAUAACGAUGAUGAUUCGUCGUCGGAGAGCGGAAAGCCACCGGUAUCGAAGGCAGCAGGCAAUGCCGACGAGGAGACGCCAACACCCAUAAUUCCCAUGGUCUUUUUGAGCUGCGCUGAAGCACCCUGUGGAUUCUCGCUGGGAGAACGAUGCGACUGCAAAGCCAGGACGACAUUUUUGAAUGCGGGUAUCAAGCGACUUUGGUACAAGGUGCGCGAAAAGAAGCGAUGGGUCCUGGACGCGGACGACGACGAUGAUCUCAACGGGCACUCUUGA